CCAACUGUAUAUACACAUUUCAUUAAUUUCUUCACAGUUAAUAUAGCUAUUUUUCUGGGAAUCCACGAUUCCUUAAUUAGCUAACAUUAAUUUCUUCGAGUUGUCAUCCUUUUUCCUAGCUAACAUUAUAUAUUUCUGUCAAACUCUCUUGGAUUCUUUUUGGAUCAACAAUGAAGCUUCCAAAAAAACCUACUAUAAUUUGUCACCAUUUCAACAAUGUAGAAAAUUAUGCUUCAUUCUAUACACUUGUUUCUUCCUUUUUCACUUCACAAUCCAUACAAGUUUCUCAAACUAGGCAAUUUUCAACUUCAUCUGAUCCAUCAAGUGGUUCAAUAAUCCCAAUCAGUACUAAUUUAUUGUUAUUUAUAAACCAUUCGCCUGUGAAAAAAGCAUUUUGGGAAGCACGAUCGAGUAUUUUUUGGAAGUCAUCAUCAAUUUCUUCAUCAUCAAUUGUUCCAUCGACUGCAACAAGUGAUUGUUUGAUUGCUAAAACACCGUCAAGGAGCAAGACUAGUGUUUUGUAUAAAUUUUCUUCGGAUUCUGCACUUAGGGAACGGUAUAGAAACCCAAUGAAUGAGAUUCGGAUUGAGAAGUUGCUGGAAGAUUUGGAUGCUCUGGCUGGAACUAUAUCCUAUAAGCAUUGUUCCAGUAAUGAUGGCACUGCAAGGUCCUUAACAAUAGUGACUGCAUCUGUGGAUAAUGUCAUUCUAAAAAUGCCAAUUCGUAUUGACUCUGAUCUCACUAUAGAGGGGGCUGCUACAUGGGUUGGUUGUUCAUCCUUGGAGAUUCAAUUAGAUGUGAAGCAAUCUACACCGGAAGCAUCGAAUACUACAGAUUCAGUAUCUCUUACUGCAAACUUCACAUUUGUAGCCAGAGACUCUAAGACUGGAAAAUCAGCUAAAAUCAACGCGAUUUUACCCGAAACUAAAAAAGAAAAACAUCUAUGGCAAGAAGCAGAGCAAAGAAACAAAAUGAGAAAGAAGAAAAAAGAAGAGAAAAAAGACAAUUUGGGAGAAAAAAUAAACAGGCUGAGUGAAUUGUUGUUGGCAGAUAGAGACACCAGCAUUUUAAUAAAGGAAACUUGUCUUCAAAACUCUUUGGUUUGCCAGCCUGAGCAAAAAAAUAUUCAUGGACAAAUAUUUGGGGGUUAUUUAAUGAGGAAAGCUUUUGAAUUGGCAUAUGCAACAGCUUAUGCAUUUGCUGGAAGUGCACCUUGCUUUGUGAAAGUGAACCAUGUUGAUUUCUUGAAACCUGUAGAUGUUGGAGAUUUCCUCCACCUCAAAUCAUGUGUUUUGUAUACACAAGUAGAAAAUUCAUGUAGGCCUCUGAUUAAUGUGGAAGUGGUGGCUCAUGUUACACAGCCCCAAAAUCUUUCCACUGAGGUUUCGAACAAUUUCUACUUCACUUUCACUGUCCCCUCAGAUACACUACGAAAUGGCUUGAAAAUCAGGAAUGUUGUUCCUGGUACUGAGGAGGAAGCUCGGCGGGUGAUCGAAUAUAUUGAUGUUGUGAGAAAUAAGAGAAAAAAUGAAAUGCGAUUGAAAGAAUGCGCGUAAAUAUAACUGUCUUAUGAUCAUCAAGGGAACUGAGAAGAGAGCAGAUAGUUUCAGUUUAAGACGGGUAGCGUGUUAACGUACUUUUCUUGUAUUUGUUUAGAAGUAGGAAAAAUAUACAGAACAACAAGAGUCAAGACACCCUUUCAUAAGCGUAUAAGCUUUGCAACUACAAUCUCAUACAUAAUAUAUUGGGAGUGUUAUCAACGAAACCAAAACAAAAACUACAAUGUCAUUCAAGUUUUUUUUUUUUUUUUUUUUUAACUUCUACCUUAAGCAAAACCCAGACUUAUCUCCUUCUGAUUUCAUUCUGCCAAAUUCCCAUUUUGUAGAAACAUACUAGGUGUGUUAUAUUAAAUGGAGGAGAUUGAAAGGAAAGCAAAGGGGUUAUAUGCUUGUAUAUAAAUUAUACGGAUAAGCAUCUUUAAUUUUGAAAUAAACAACACUCAGUAGCUAUAAAUUAUUUCAGAUAAAAUAUUAGAGGACAGCUUAAGGAUAAGAUAUCCCUCAUC